GGGCGGAGGCGGAAGGCGGAAGGCGGCGGCGGGGGAGGGCCGAGGGCCGAGGGCCGCCGGGGCCCCGCCUGCUGCCCGCGCCGCCGCACCGGCACCCGCGCCGCGGGGACACGCACGCACACACAAACACACACAAACACACACACACACCACAACACACAACACACACACACACCACCACACCACAGCACUCACACGCCGACGCGCAACACCACCGCGCACACUCGCACGCACCACCCGCCGCCCCCCGCCAUGCCCCCGCGCCGCUGAGGCCGCGCCGGGCCGCCCAGCCCGAGGCCGCUCCCGCCGCCCCGGGGCCGCCCAGGCCGCCCCGGGGCCGCGCCGCCCGCCCGGAGCCGGGGCCGGGGCCGGGGCCGAGGCCGCCCGCGGGGCCGGGGCUGCGGCGGCGGGCGGGGGCCGCGGCAAGAUGGCGGACCUGGAGGCGGUGCUGGCCGACGUGAGCUACCUGAUGGCCAUGGAGAAGAGCAAGGCCACGCCGGCCGCCCGCGCCAGCAAGAAGAUCCUGCUGCCCGAGCCCAGCAUCCGCAGCGUCAUGCAGAAGUACCUGGAGGACCGGGGGGAGGUGACCUUCGACAAGAUCUUUGCACAGAAGAUUGGGUACCUGCUCUUCCGCGACUUCGCCGUCAACCAGGCAGAGGAGGCCAAACCCCUCAUGGAGUUUUAUGAGGAGAUCAAGAAGUAUGAGAAGCUGGACUCCGAGGAGGAGAGAGCUGCCCGGAGUCGCCACAUCUUCGACCAUUACAUUAUGAAGGAGCUGCUGGCCUGCUCCCAUCCCUUCUCCAAGAGUGCCACGGAGCACGUCCAGAGCCGCCUGAGCAAGAAACAGGUGCCCCCAGACCUCUUCCAGCCCUACAUUGAGGAGAUCUGCCAGAACCUGCGUGGCGCCAUCUUCCAGAAAUUCAUCGAGAGUGACAAGUUCACGCGGUUCUGCCAGUGGAAGAACGUGGAGCUGAACAUCCAUCUGACCAUGAAUGACUUCAGCGUUCACCGCAUCAUCGGCCGUGGUGGCUUUGGGGAGGUCUACGGCUGCCGGAAAGCAGAUACAGGCAAAAUGUACGCCAUGAAGUGUUUGGACAAGAAACGCAUCAAGAUGAAGCAGGGUGAGACCUUGGCCCUCAACGAGCGCAUCAUGUUAUCCCUCGUCAGCACUGGGGACUGCCCGUUCAUCGUGUGCAUGUCAUAUGCCUUCCACACGCCCGACAAGCUCAGCUUCAUCCUCGACCUCAUGAAUGGGGGGGACCUGCACUAUCACCUUUCUCAGCACGGCGUCUUCUCAGAGGCGGAGAUGCGGUUCUAUGCAGCUGAGAUCAUCCUGGGCCUGGAGCACAUGCACAGCCGCUUUGUGGUGUAUCGCGAUCUCAAGCCAGCGAACAUCCUUCUGGAUGAAUUUGGGCACGUCCGUAUCUCAGAUCUGGGCCUGGCCUGCGAUUUCUCCAAGAAGAAACCCCAUGCCAGUGUGGGCACCCAUGGGUACAUGGCUCCGGAGGUGCUGCAGAAAGGAGUGGCAUAUGACAGCAGUGCCGACUGGUUCUCGCUGGGCUGCAUGCUCUUUAAACUGCUCCGGGGGCACAGCCCCUUCCGGCAGCACAAGACGAAGGACAAGCACGAGAUUGACCGUAUGACCCUCACCAUGGCCGUGGAGCUGCCUGACUCCUUCUCCCCUGAGCUGCGCUCCUUGCUUGAAGGGCUGCUGCAGCGAGAUGUCAACCGGCGGCUGGGCUGCAUGGGACGCGGGGCUCAAGAGGUGAAGGAGGAGCCGUUCUUCAAGGGCCUGGACUGGCAGAUGGUUUUCCUUCAGAAGUACCCGCCGCCCCUGAUCCCGCCCCGCGGAGAGGUGAAUGCAGCCGAUGCCUUCGACAUUGGCUCCUUUGAUGAGGAGGACACGAAGGGCAUCAAGCUGCUGGAGAGUGACCAGGAGCUGUACCGCAACUUCCCGCUCACCAUCUCGGAGCGGUGGCAGCAGGAGGUGACGGAGACCGUCUUCGAAGCCGUCAACGCUGACACCGACAAGCUGGAGGCUCGCAAGAAAGCCAAGAACAAGCAGCUGGGCCAUGAGGAAGAUUAUGCCAUGGGCAAGGACUGCAUCAUGCACGGCUACAUGGCCAAGCUGGGCAACCCCUUCCUCACGCAGUGGCAGCGUCGCUACUUCUACCUCUUCCCCAACCGCCUCGAGUGGCGCGGGGAGGGCGAGUCGCCGCAGUCCCUGCUCACCAUGGAGGAAAUCGACUCCGUGGAGGAGACGCAGGUGAAGGAGCGGAAGUGCAUCUUGCUCCGCAUCCGCGGGGGCAAGCAGUUCGUGCUGCAGUGCGACAGCGACCCCGAGCUGGCACAGUGGCGGAAGGAGCUGCGCGACGCCCAGCGCCAGGCCCAGCAGCUGCUGCAGCGGGUGCCACGCAUGCAGAACAAGCCCCGCUCGCCCGUGGUGGAGCUCAGCAAAGUGCCGUUCAUCCAGCGCUCCGCCAACGGCCUCUGACCCCGUGCCCACCCGCCCGCCCGCGUGCCCUCAUCCCCAGCUCCCACCCCGCCUCUAAUUUAUUGGGUUGGGUUCCCGCGUGCCCCCUCACCUUUCAUCGUCCCCACACCAGGCAUUGACAGGAGGCACCCUGCACCAGCCUGGCCCACUGGGCGCUUUGGUGCCUGUUUGCCCCGCUGCCAGGCACCCGCAGGGCUGGGCACAGAGGGGGUAUGUCCCCAGCGUCGCUGUCUCAGCCCAGCCUCCAGCCCAAGGGACACGGGCACUGAUGCUGGGCACGCGGCUCCGCUUGGCACCUCUCCCCUGUGAACUCUCCGGCUAAGAUGAAGGUAGCCCCCAUGCCCACCCCUCUCCGUGUCCACUCGGCCCCUGCGGCCUCUGCCCCAUGCCCGCUUUGCCGCAACUGCGCGUGCCAAACUGGCCGGGUGAAUGCCCAGCUCUGGCCUGGCAGAGUCCUGGCCAACUCAUUUCACCUGGCCUUUGCCCACCUCCCAGUGAGCGGGCAUGACCUGGCCUGGUUGUGCCCGCCUUGUGGGCGCCAUGUCCUCUGUGCGUGUGCGUGUGUGUGUGUGUGUCUGUGCCCAGGGGGAACCCCCUGUAAAUAUUGUGCCAUGGGCCCCCUGUGCCUCGUGUGUGCCAGCCGUGCCUGGCAUGUGCCCCUGCUGGCCCCCCACAGUGUGACCGUAUCCUGGGCAAGGGGGUUUAAGCGCCUGGCCCCCGCUGGCCCCCAGCCCUGAGCCAGCAGGGUGGCAGUGCCCAGCUGUGGGGCCUGAGGUGGCCAAGGAGGAGAGAGUAGCGGGGACAACCCCUCUCCCCAACCAGCCCCACGUGAGCCUGGGCCUGCUGCCUAUGUCGUCAGUGCCAUCCCAGUGCCUGGUGGGCACAGGGGCAGGAUGCCACCUCCCAAUGCCCGCCUCUGCCCCCCACCCCGCUCCCUGGCAGCAUCUGUAAAUAUUGGUCUCCAGUUGGUCUGCGCCAGGUGGGCUGGGUGCAGGCAGGGGGGGCACUGGGCUGGGGCUGGCGGCACUUUUGUGAAUGUGAUUUUAAUGAGCGGAGACAUGAGAAUGCAAAAAAAAAAAAAGUUUUUAUAAUAAAAACCUGGAAAAAUC